CGGUCUCACAAGCCACACAAAUUGCAUACGGUGACUUAAGGCACCGGCGCGGUACAAGCGAAGCCACUGUGAUAGCUUGCAGUAAGCACAUAAGGUUACCAACUCAGCAUUAUUACGCACUCACAUCGCGCAAAUAUGAAGCUAACGAGUUGCAGUAUGCGGGCGACGACUAGACCAAUAGCGGUUCCCUCGCGUAAAGUGCUGGUCGCUCAUCUACCAUGUCAUAGAAUAGUGCAAUGCAAAGCUACUGGUGGGCCCGACCCAAAGGAAAAUGGCGUCAAGAAGGAGAGCGGCUUGGAGUUGACCGGCAAGCUUAAUGAGCUCCUCGAUGACUUGCAAAAGCAAGGGAUGGACUCGAAAAAGGCAAAGGUCGUCUUGAAGAAAUGGAAGGAGAUGGGCGUCCAGGACCCGGAACAGCUGCGGAAGCUUCUGAUUAGGCGAAGCCUUAAGCCCGCUGGCACUGUUGCUUUCCAGGCGUUCCUAGACGGCCUGGCCUGCUGGGGCGGCUUCUACACGGCUGGUCUCAUCUCCGACUCUCCGCCCUUCACCGGCCAAUUUCCGCUGCAGUUGGUCGCCUCCUUCUUCGGCUUUUUCUACGUGCUGCAGGCGCUGCUGAACCUGUCGGUAGCCGGCACGCUGGCCCUCACAGCUUACAAGUACGGCACCAACUCCGUGGAGCUGCUGGCUGCCGUACAGCAACUGGCUGGCCCCGCCACCGGGCUCAACGUGCUUGACAAGGCGCAGGUGGCGGCCAACACGCUCAAGGUGCUGGCAACAUUGGAUGAGAUUGCGGAGCUGCUCAAGAACAUCCCCAGCACCUCCCCGCGCCGCUCCACGCUCCAGAACCUCUCCGCCUACCUCACCCUGGCUCACGCCAAGGAGCGGUUCGGCUUCGACCCGGCGCGCUACGGCCUGAGCGAGGCGGAGGCGGGCGAGAUCGCCUACGUCUUCUCCACAUACGACGUGAACGAUGACUACCGACUUGAGCUGUCGGAGGUCAAGCGGCUGUGCCAGGACCUGGGCAAGGAGUUGAGCGAGGAGGAGAGUCGCGAGGCGCUGCGGCUGCUGGACACCUCGGGCAGCGGAUACGUGGAGUUAGACGAGUUCUGCGCAUGGUGGACUAAGACCAAGAGCAGCAAGCCCGUCGUACCCUCACUGUGAGCAGCAGGUGGUGCGACAGCGGUAGCGGUAGUGGGUGGAGCAGCAGCAGCAGCAGCAGGAGGGGCGACAGCAGUGGGAGAGCAGCAGCAGCAGGAAUGGAUGCUAUUUUGCGUGGAGGGACUGCACCACUCUGAUCCGCCCAGUUGGCACGUAUGAAGAGGUGUGGUAGCGCCGAAGCAGUUAUGACUUACGCUUGCAGCUAUGACAUAAGCUUGCAGUAACGGCAGAUCCUGGCAUAUGUGUGCAUGCUUGUGGGGUGUGGCUAAGCGGCUUGUAUGCAUGCGUGUUCGUUUCAUGCAAGUAUGUUGCCGCAUGGGGCGGAGUUUCCUUGUUGCUUCUUUGGGUCAGAAAUGCUGAUGACUGCUGGCGUGUUGUAAGGGUUGGUUGGAUGGUUAUGUUGUUACUGUUGUUACGACGCGUGCUUUGUGUGCAUGGAGGGUGCACGAAAGGGGCAGAAUUCGCGCACGUGCACGUGUUUGGCUGUGCUAAGUGGCCAUGCACCGAAACAUGAUGCGGCGAAGUAAAAGCUGUUGGUGCAGGGCUGGCGAGUAUUUGUUUCAUACUAUCAGGUACAGCCAAUGAAUCAGGCGGGGGGGUGAGGCAUCAUGAUUUAGACACGUUUGGUCUGGCGGAUAGUUGGUCCUCCACCCAACACACGAGCUUCUGGACGAAUGCUUGUUCAUCCAUUGUGCACAAUUGUUACACAGUAC